AUGGCAUACUCAAGCCGGUUCGCUGCAAACAGUUUGCUUGAAGCGGUAGCGAUUUCCUUUGCUUUUAUUUUACUGAGCGAAAGCGUCCAUGGCAAAACGCUGACCUUUUCCGGUAGAGAAUGGUCGGUGCGCAGCAGCCAGACCGGAACCAGUCCGGGACCAAACAACUGGGACGAGAACAACGCCUUCCUGGACGACCAAGGUCGCCUCCAUCUGAAAAUCACCCAGCGCAAUGGACGCUGGUAUUGUGCGGAAGUAGCCACCAUCCAACGGCUGGGCUUCGGCCGCUACCAGUUCCAGAUUGAAGGUCCCAUCGACCGGCUGGAUCAGAACAUUGUGCUGGGUUUAUUCAACUAUCCGCCGCCCGAUGUCGGUCCCGAUCGGACCAAUGAGAUCGACAUUGAAUAUGCCAAAUGGGGCUAUGCUAACGGGAAACCGGCGAGUUUUACCGUGUACCCUUCCGUGGCCGGUCGGCCGCAGACGUCCUAUCAGUUUGAUUUGGCGUUGUCGGGGACGUAUACGACGCAGUCGUUUGCGUGGCGGAGUAAUAAUAUUUUGUUCAGUGGACAGCACGGGCAUCAGAAUAACAACCGGCUGAAUGAGUAUGUCAGCUGGACGUUUGCUCCUGCCAAUGCGGUGGAUGUACCACAGAGUCCCAUGCCGGCAAUGAUUAAUCUGUGGUUAUUUAAUGGCUUGGCACCCAGUAACGGACAGGAACUGGAAAUUGUCAUCCACUCCUUCCAGUUCACUCCCUAUUAG